GGUUUGAGACGAAGAAGAGAAGCUCUCUCCCCUUGAACUGUUUACCCUGACGUCAGUUUGCAGGAGUCGCUGAGCUCCGUCUGUCUCCGAGUCUCUGAAAGUCUCAGUGAGGAAAACACGCUCUCAGCUCUGCUACGCGCCCCGGACCUCGCAGAGUGGAUGAAAUGCGUCCUUGCGCACAUUUAAAGUGGACUACAACCUCUGCACCAUGAACACCUGCGCCUUCCUGUUGAUUUUGACUGUCCAGAUCUACGCCGAUGGGAUCGAGGGGCCAACAGCUGCUGGCUGCACGUUCGAAGAGGAUUCAGACCCCACUCUGUGUGACUUCACCCAGGGGGAGGAUGACGACUUUGACUGGCUGUUGUUUCGCACAUACAAUUCACCGUACGCCAGCUCUGACCUCCUGAAGGGAUCUUACAUGUUGGUGAACUCCUCCCAGCAUGCCGUGGGUCAUCGUGCUCAGCUGCUGCUGCAGUCGCUGAGUGAAAAUGACACGCACUGCGUCCAAUUCAGCUACUUCCUGUACAGUCGCGAUGGCCACAGUCCCGGGGGCCUCAGGGCGUACGUGCGAGUCAACGGCGGUCCACUCGGAAGUUCAGUGUGGAACACGUCGGGGUCUCAUGGAAAGCAGUGGCAUCAGGUUGAGCUGGCCGUCAGCACCUUCUGGCCUAAUGAAUACCAGGUUCUGAUUGAGGCAACGGUUUCCAGGGAGCGGCGAGGCUACAUUGCCAUCGAUGACAUCAUGGUGCUCAACUAUCCCUGCUAUAAGGCACCGCACUUCUCCAGGCUCGGAGACGAGGAGGUCAACGCCGGGCAAAAUGCCACUUUCCAGUGUGCUGCUGCUGGAAGGGCAUCCGAGGCUGAGAAGUUCCUGCUGGAGAGACACAACGGGGACAUUUUAACAACAGCAUCGGUCAAGCAUCUGAGUCACCGGCGCUUUGUGGUAUCCUUCCAGCUCGACAGCAUCCAACGGACAGAUCAAGACCUUUACCGCUGUGUCACUCAGUCCCCCAGGGGCUCCGGGGUCUCAAACUUUGCUGAACUCGUCGUCAAAGUACCUCCGUCCCCAAUUGCGCCACCGCAGCUGCUGCGUGCUGGCUCCACUUACCUGAUCAUCCAGCUCAACACCAACUCUAUCCUGGGAGACGGCCCCAUCAUCAGGAAGGAGAUUGAGUACCGCGCCAGUCAGUCUCCAUGGUCGGAGGUGCAUGGGGUCAACAUGGUCACCUACAAGCUUUGGCACCUCGAUCCGGACACGGAGUACCACAUCAGUGUGCUGUUGACUCGGCCUGGAGAGGGAGGAACUGGACCUCCUGGCCCGCCACUUGUGAGCAGGACAAAGUGUGCAGAGCCCAUGCGUGCACUGCGGGGCCUCACAGCCACAGAUCUCCAGUCCAGGCAGUUGUCCCUGCAGUGGGAGAAUUUGGCGUUCAACCUGACACGCUGCCACACCUACUCAGUGUCCCUGUGCUACCGCUACACCACGGCAGGAGGUGGUGGCGGUCACAACACCACCGUGCGUGAGUGUCUGGCAGUGGAACACAAUGCCUCACGCUUCACGCUGCGUGAUCUGCCACCCUACCACGGCAUCCAUGUCCGCCUGUCACUGGCCAAUCCGGAGGGGAAGAAGGAGGGCAGAGAAGUCACCUUCCAGACAGAGGAGGACAUUCCUGGAGGCAUAGCACCGGAGUCGCUCACCUUCACCCCAUUGGAUGACAUGAUCUUCCUCAAGUGGGAGGAGCCCGUCGAGCCCAACGGCCUCAUUACACAAUACGAGAUCAGUUACCAAAGCAUUGAGUCGUCUGAUCCAGGUAUCAACGUCCCAGGACCUCGGAGAACAGUGUCGAAGCUGAAGAAUGAGACCUACCACAUGUUCUCCAACCUCCACCCUGGAACCACUUACCUAAUCUCCGUCCGAGCUCGCACAGCCAAGGGCUUCGGCCAGACCGCCCUCACUGAAAUCACCACUAACAUCUCAGCUCCCACAUUUGAUUACGGAGACAUGCCGUCCCCCCUGAGUGAGACUGAAAGUACAAUUACUGUCCUGCUGCGUCCUGCUCAAGGUCGAGGGGCACCUGUCAGCACAUACCAGGUGGUGGUUGAAGAAGAAACUGUGAAGAAAGUGAAGAGGGAGAUUGGGCUUCAGGAGUGUUUUCCUCUGCCCAUGUCUCACGGUGAAGCCCAGGCCAGGGGCACACCACACUACUACACAGCCGAGCUGCCACCCAGCAGCCUGCCAGAGGCCAGUCCCUUCACUGUGGGGGACAAUCACACUUACAACGGCUACUGGAACAGCCCUCUGGAUCCGCGCAAGAGCUACCUUGUCUACUUCCAAGCUAUGAGCAACUUCAGAGGGGAAUCCAGAAUAAACUGCAUCCGCAUCGCUCGCAAAGCCGCCUGCAAGGACCACCGCAAGGCUUUGGAGGUGUCCCAGCACUCGGAGGAGAUGGGGCUGAUUCUUGGGGUGUGUGCCGGGGGCCUGGUGGUCCUCAUCCUCCUGCUGGGUGCUGUCAUCAUCAUCAUUAAGAAAGGAAGGGACUACUACUCUUACUAUCCGAAGCCAGUAAACAUGAAUAAGACGCCCAUUACGUAUCGACAGGAGAAAAGUCAUAUGGGCUCCAUGGAGCGUAGUUUCACCGACCAGAGCACCCUGCAGGAGGAUGAAAGGAUGGCUCUUUCCUUCAUGGAUGCCCACACCUGCGGGACUCGAGGUGAUGCUCGUAGUUCAGUGAAUGAAGCCAGCAGCCUGCUGGGAGGCUCCCCGAGGCAUCAGUGUGGACGUAAAGGCUCCCCCUACCACACAGGGCAGCUCCACCCUGCGGUCCGAGUGGCCGACCUCCUCCAGCAUAUCAACCAGAUGAAGACUGCCGAGGGCUAUGGCUUUAAACAGGAAUAUGAGAGUUUCUUUGAUGGCUGGGACUGCACAAAGAAGAAGGACAAAACCAAAGGGAGGCACGACACUUUGCUGGGAUAUGACCGCCACAGAGUCAAGCUCCACCCUCUCCUGGGAGACCCCAACUCAGAUUACAUCAACGCAAACUACAUUGAUGGCUACCAUCGAUCCAACCACUUCAUCGCCACUCAGGGACCCAAGCAGGAGACUCUGUAUGAUUUUUGGAGGAUGGUGUGGCAGGAGAACUGUUUCAGCAUCGUCAUGAUCACUAAGCUGGUGGAGGUUGGCAGGGUGAAAUGCUGUAAAUAUUGGCCGGAUGACAGUGAGAUGUACGGGGACAUUAAAAUCACUCUGUUGAAGACAGAGACACUGGCUGAAUACACAGUCCGUACAUUUGCCUUGGAGAGGAGAGGAUACUCAACCAAGCAUGAGGUGCGUCAGUUCCACUUCACAUCCUGGCCUGAGCACGGGGUGCCCUAUCACGCCACUGGACUGUUGGCCUUUAUACGAAGAGUGAAAGCCUCCACGCCUCCUGAUGCUGGCCCGGUGGUGGUCCACUGCAGUGUGGGGGCGGGCCGCACCGGCUGCUACAUCGUGCUGGACGUCAUGUUGGACAUGGCCGAGUGUGAAGGCGUGGUGGACAUCUACAACUGUGUCAAAACCCUCUGCUCUCGACGCAUCAACAUGAUCCAGACAGAGGAGCAGUAUAUCUUCAUCCACGAUGCCAUCCUGGAGGCGUGCCUGUGCGGAGAGACGGCCAUCCUGGUGAAUGAGUUUGCCGUCACUUACAAAGAGAUGCUGCGGGUGGAUUCCCAGAGUAAUUCCUCUCAGCUACGGGAAGAGUUCCAGACACUCAACUCUGUGACUCCUCACUUGGAUGUGGAGGAGUGCAGCAUUGCCCUGUUGCCCAGAAACCGGGAGAAGAACCGCAGCAUGGAUGUUUUGCCACCGGAUCGCGCCCUGGCCUUCCUGGUCACGACAGAGGGGGAGAGCAACAAUUACAUCAACGCUGCUCUCGCUGACAGCUUCCAUCGGCAGGCUGCUUUCAUCGUGACUCCGCACCCUCUGCCGGGUACCACGGCGGACUUCUGGAGGCUGGUCUUUGAUUAUGGUUGCACGGCGGUAGUCAUGCUCAACCAACUCAACCAGUCCAACUCUGCUUGGCCGUGUGUUCAGUACUGGCCGGAGCCUGGUCUACAGCAGUACGGACCCAUGGAAGUGGAGUUUCUGUCCAUGUCAGCCGACGAGGAUGUCAUCACUCGUCUGUUUCGGGUCAAGAAUGUCACUAGGCUCCAAGAGGGUCAGCUGGUGGUGUGUCAGUUCCAGUUCCUGCGCUGGUCGGCGUACCGCGAUGUCCCCGACUCCAAGAAGGCUUUCCUCAACCUGCUGGCUCAAGUGCACAAGUGGCAAAGAGAGUGCGGAGAAGGACGCACAGCUGUCCACUGCCUUAACGGCGGCGGCCGCAGUGGGACCUUCUGUGCCUGCAACAUCCUCCUCGAGAUGAUCCAAUACCAGAACAUGGUGGACAUCUUCUACGCUGUCAAAACUCUACGCAACUGCAAACCUAACAUGGUGGAGUCUCUGGAUCAGUAUCGAUUCUGCUACGACCUUGUCCUGGAGUACUUGGACUGCUUUGAGGGGAGAUAGCAACAAAAUGUUUCUAACAGCGGCGGUCAAGAUUCAAUUUGAGGCCACCCAGUGACCCUCCUCUACUUUCAUGUUCGGACCUGUGGACGUUGAAGGAACUGCAGAGAAAGGAGAGGGGGGGAAGAAACGAUCAAAGUUCUAAGUUUUAACCUUUAAUGUACAGCUGUGAUUUCCUCCUUGAUGGUGAUGUUUAUCUCUUUUGAUAUAUUUUGUGCUUUUUCUUGGUCCUCUUUGGCUCUCAGACUAAAGCUCCUUUUGUGAGAAGGGAUUCCGUAGCAGUGAAACAAUGUUCGGAGCUACUAAACGGACCUGUCUGUUCUGAAGAGGGGUCACCUGGGCUGUGUUGUCAUUAUUUCAUUUGUACAGCGAGAGCGGGCUGGAUGUAACACCAGAAUUACAGCAGCAUUAACGCGGAAGCAUUUCUUCUUCUCUUUUAAGAGCUACAUGCAACAGCAGUCCACUGUGGUUGUGGCAUGACUUACCUACCAUACCAUAAACUGCCUUAUUCUCUGAUGAUAGGACAGAUUUAUUCAAAAUCAAUGAAUAAAUCCAAAAAGUCACCAUAAUGGUGCAGAAACAGCAACGAGAGACCUACUGCAUUGGGAUGGACCAGCCCAGUCCUCAACAGUAUUAAUGCAGUAAUUGUACAGUUGUGCAACGUGUUGUAUUUUGCCAUAAUGUUUGUGCUGGAUUACCAUGUGUGCUAUAGGUGGAUGUUUCCAGGGGCCACAGCACUGGGCCCACUCCCACCGCAGGGAGAUUCCGGUCUCAUUGCUGUCACAGUGCCAAUCCCACUGACUGACUUGAAUCCUCUCUUUACUUUGUUCCCCUCCUCCCUUAUGAUGUACGCCUAAAAAACCCCAGUAUGUACUGCAUCAGCUAAUGUUCUAGCUCUGCAGUGAUUGUUUGAAUUUAUACCCAGCGGAAGAGAAAAAGGAGCAAGGUGUGAUGGUGGUGUGAAACAUUAUAUUUCAUUAAUGCUGUGGUUUAAAGUUUAAAGUUGAAUCCAGUGUACACAGUUACAGAUGUUAAUUCUUUUGUUGUCUGAGGGAUUUGGUUUUUCUGUUAACAGUUGAAGAAAGUUAAUCCGGUUUGAAUCUCAUCUUAACUCUUUCAGGCAGGGGACUCAUUUUCACCAUUUUGACAUGAACACUACUUGUUAUUUGUUGCAGUGUAACAUAAAUGAAAAUAAAUAUAUAUAGAUAAAUAUAUAUAUGUAAAAAAAAAGGGGGGCAUUAACAUUGUGUAGAAGGCAAAAUAUGCUAUUUUUUGUUACCAUUCACGAUAUUGGUGUUUUCUUUUUUUUUUAAUCUUCAAAUAAAAGUGGCAUUUAAACUGUAAGAAAAGAAGAAAACGGUUGCCCAUGGACCCUGUGGCUCAGCUAUCAUAGACUUCAUGGAUAAACACAAUCUUUCAUUUGCUGGCCAACACCUGCAGACCACUGGAUCUGUUCAUGUACAAAUCAAUUAAACAUCCCCUAAAAAGACCCCCGACACAGACAGGAAGGUAUUUCUCUUUAACAUUUCUGUUCCAGAACCAAGUAAAUAUCGUCUCUGCCCUCCACCAUUACCCUUUAAAAUAUGUUAUGUCCCCACUGUAUCUCCUGAAGCUCCUUUUAAGUGCAGGUUUUCAUGGAGGGUGUUAAAGCGAUCGCUCCGGGGCCCAACCUAAUGAACAAGGAGAGACGCCCCGAAGCCCACAGGAGCUGAGAAAUGGCAGCUAGUCGAGACUCUGCUGCGAGGUUGCGGCUCGCAGCCUGGUUCAGGUGGGAGCACCAGAUUUAUGUGAGGAAUCUUAACAUUGCGCCAACAUGACCGGGCUCCCACAGCUUCAAUGAAACGGCAGCUUGUUUGUGACGAAGAUGAAGAAUGAGGUAGCUACAGUGUAGUCAGUGAUCUGACAAAGGAAGUGCCUGGACACUUUUUGUUGACGGUGGAAGGAAUGUGUACAUACAGAUGUAUAUUAUGUUAUGUGAAUACUAUAUGAAUAUUAUACUAUAUGUUUGCCCAGAGUAAAGACGUACAGUAAGUAAAUGCUACAUAACCACCAAGCUGAAUGUGCUGUAAAUGACCAUUUUGUGAGUUUAUUGCCGAAACUUUUGACACCCGAGUACAAACCUGAGUCUCCCUGAGUGUUUAAAACAGGUCUGUGAAAGCAUGUGUGAAUUCAUUGUCUGCUUUCUAUCUUCAUUUUUCGUUUAAUUAAAAAAAAAAAAUCCCAAAUUCACAUAAUUUAUUUCAUCGUUGUGUUGUCCGCCGCUGCCACGACAACCAUGUGAGUGCAUUGUACAUUUACCAUUCCAAAGCUUUUUAUGGUGACCACACUCUGGGGCGGCGGCUACGGCGACAGCCCCGAGAGUGCCGUUGAUUUCACUUGUGUGUUUCUGUAUGAACCAAUGGUACAUGACUACUGUGUUUCUGACCAUUGUAUUUGUGGGGGCAAGGUGUGUAUUAAAUGAGAGAUGGAGAUGACAGAUGUAUUUCGGGGAAGGGAUUCAUUCUUAGGAAUAACAAAGAUCAACAAUAAAAGAACA